UUCUCAAGUGUCUCAACUGAACUUUUCCUCAGGGCUCAGGGCAAAAAGAGGCACGACAUUCUGUGUAGUACUGCAUUCAAAUAGUAUCAAUCAAGUAAUACAGAAACAACUCAUUCAGCUGUGUCUUGGCAACAAAACUGUCCACCUUUCGCCAGACCAUGUACUGAAAAGACCGUCGUAAAACCGCUUCUUGCUGGCCAAGCAGCUAAAAACAACCACACAAAAAACCAGAGGUAGAUACCUAGAUCGGGUAGAUGAAGAGCGAUCAUUAAGGCGCGGCACACAUCACACUCCUUGCAACCAUGGCGAGCCAAACCGUGCUAGGCGAUUUGAAUCUGGACUUCGGCUCGAUUGUCCUGCUCUUUAUCACGGUAUGCGCCUUCAUGGUCCCCGUCGCCGUGGUCCUGCCACCCGUGCCGGUCCGCAAGAGCGACGCUCUCCUGCAGACGCACACUCCAGCGGGUGUGUCGAAGGCCAAGAGCGCCCUCAACAACCAGCACACGGCCGACCAUGCGCCUAGAGACGGGGGGUCGGCUAUUGUGCAGAGCCUGUACAUCUACCCCGUCAAGUCCUGCCGGGGCAUCGAGGUGACGCGCAGCAGGGUGCUUCCUCAAGGGCUGGAGUUCGAUCGCCUGUUCACAUUUGCACAGCUGAAGAGCCCCUUCCCCGUGUCCCUUGACUCGUCCGACAAGGACAAGAACCAGCACACAUGGCAAUUCAUCACGCAGAGGCAGUUUCCGCUCCUUGCGACUAUCAAAGUGGAUCUGUGGCUGCCCGAUGAGAUGAAGCUGCGCAGGCAGUCGAUAAAGCCUACCAGGGAAGCGUUUCUAACCUUGAGGUUUCCGUGGAAAGAGAACGGGUGGCGCGGUCUUUUGUCCACCGUAGCGGCCAAGCUCGCCAGAGGCGCUGCUGCGCAGCCCGAGAAGGAAAUCAUGCUCCCCAUCGACUUCCCCUCCGUAGCCGAGAUCAAAGCGAAGGGGUACACCUUUGAAGAUGUCAAGAUCUGGAAGGAGGUUGUCAGGGCCCUCAACGUGUCCACCGAGCUCCCCAGGGAACUGAUGCUUUAUCUGGGUGUGAGCAAUAAGCUUGGCCUAUUCCGUGUCGACCCCGCCGGACUCCGCGAAGUCUAUAGAUGCGCGCCGCUGAAAGAUGAGGCAGGGUAUCAACCCGUUACCGGAUUUCAAGAUGCCUACCCGCUGCACAUGCUCACACUCGGCAGUGUACAGCAAUUUAGUAAAGAGGUGCCAAAGGACGAGGAACUCAAAGAGCUCGACGUGCGUCGAUUCCGCGCGAAUAUCAUUCUGUCUGGUGUCCCCGCUUACGACGAGGAGACAUGGAAAAUGGCACGUUUCAAGCCUGGAAAAUCGGGUUUGUACAACGACACUGUAUUCCACGUCUCGUGCCGGACAGUUAGAUGCAAGAUGCCCAACGUGGACGCUAUCACAGGCCAUAGACAUCCACGAGAGCCAGAUCGCUCUCUCCGUGCUCUGCGGAAUGUCGACGAGGGCGCUCCGCUAAACGGCUGCCUCGGGAUGCAGCUGACACCACUAUUCGAGGUGGACCAAACUCCCAGUUCCCAGGCCAAGGCUGAGUCGGGCUUGCUCGGUGACGACAACCCUGACGAUGGGCGGUCUUCUUGGGUCGCUGUUGGCAUGAAGGUGGAGGUCGAGGAGAGGGGGAAACAUGUGUACAUCAACCAAUAGACGAAAACAUAACCGUUCUUACGAGCAUGGACUUGUGGACAUAUAUCUCUUAGACUACUGUAUACAAAUAUGGUUGUAAGAUAUGAGCACAGGGAAAUAGACAGAAUAGACAUUAAGAAGUUAUAUUUGCAAGAAAA